AUGGCUUCCAUGGGCACCCCCAAACCAUUCCAUACCAAUGUCGAUCUACGCUACACUGCCCUACUUCUUUCAGAUAUCCAGAAUGAGAUUCUGGCACGAUUCCCUACAGAGAGAAGAGAACGGUAUAUCCAGGAAAUAAUGUCGUUGAUCAACCUCUUUCGCGAAGAUAUUCAUAAGCGACGCACGGCGCCAGCAGAAUCGACGGAACAGGCAGCCGGCGCCUACGUAGGAAUACCGCUCAUCAUCCAUCAUGUCCUCCCGUACGGAUAUAACAAUAACGCCUUCAUAUCGCCAUACAACAAACUGUCGUCCUGGGUCAAGUCUCUUGAAGAAAAAGGUCUCUUCACUGUGGCAGAGAAAGCGAAGAAUCCAGAGACCCCGGCUUAUUCAAUCCCUGAAGCUCUCUACCCGCAAGGAGGUAGCUUUGGAGGAUCGAACAUUGAUGAGAUUCUCUUGCCAAAGUUUCAAACUAGCUCCUUUGGCUCGAGUGAUCUUCUGGGGUAUCUGCGCGCGCGUGGCAUACGGCACGUUGUGUUGUGUGGCUUAACGACUGUUGGGGCAAUUCUGGGGUCGGCUCGUCAUGGUGCGGAUCUGGAUUAUCAUGUUAUUAUCCCGCGAAGUGGAGUGAUGGAUGAUGAGGACGAUGUCAACGAUUUCAUUUUGCAGAGGGUCUUGCCCAAAUUUGUCGAUAUUGUUGAUAUGAAGGACGUCAAGAAGAAAUGUUUGAUAAUAUUGAAUUUCUCGAGCCUUGAAGUAGUAAAUGCGCACUGA